AUGACCCCUCUGAAUCCCACCUUCGAGGGCCACAUCGCUUCCACGAUGGAUGCCCUCGUCCUCUUCCAGGCUUGCCUUUCGGGGCAGCUGAGCCACGUACCCCGCAGACCACACGACGGCGAACGAAAGCAGCUCAUCAAGAGCGGGAAUGUCUUCAUCUACGAGGGGCACACCUCAGGCAUUAAACGCUGGACCGAUGGCGUCUCCUGGAGCCCCAGCCGCAUACUGGGCAACUUCCUCAUCUACCGCGAGCUCAAGGACUUUCCCCCUGGCGAGAAGAAGCGAGUCCUGCGGAAGAACAAGAAGCCCCAACACGGGGUUAGCAAGAGCAACAAUACAUCCCAGCCUCAGAUGGGUUUCCCAUCCGCGAUGGAUUCGGAUCCUGGCGACAAAGAUCUGAAACGAUCUCUUCUAGGGUCUCUAAUUGACUCAUACCCAUUCAAAGAUGACGGACUAGUCAAGAAGACCAUCAGCAUAAACUUCCAGGGCGUAUCACACCACCUAGUCAGCUAUUAUAAUGUCGACGAUGUGAUGUCUGGGCGCUUGACUACGCCGACCAGGCACGUCGACCUCCGGAACAUCAUCCCUCAUUCCGACCUAAUACUUCCUCAAAACUUCCGCGCGCCGAUCGAC